GAACGCCCACGCUUAAUAAACGCAAUGACAGUAAUCCCCCGCUGCCAUAGUGACAGAGCGCAAGAGAAGCGGGCAGAUAAACGAAAGGAGAUUUUAGUGUUUAUCUGUGCAUUUAACCACAGAAAUAAUGGACAGUUCCGGGAAAGAAAAGGAGGCAAUUCAGCUCAUGGCUGAAGCCGAUAAGAAAGUGAAGUCUUCCGGCUCGUUUUUAGGAGGAAUGUUUGGAGGAAAUCAAAAAGUGGAAGAGGCAUGUGAGAUGUACGCCAGAGCAGCCAACAUGUUCAAAAUGGCCAAAAACUGGAGUGCUGCAGGCAAUGCUUUCUGUCAGGCGGCCAGACUUCACAUGCAGCUUCAGAAUAAACACGAUUCGGCCACCAGCUACAUCGAUGCGGGAAACGCCUUCAAGAAGGCAGAUCCACAAGAGGCUAUCAAGUGCUUAAACGCAGCCAUUGAUAUUUACACAGACAUGGGAAGAUUCACCAUCGCAGCCAAGCAUCAUAUCACAAUCGCUGAGGUGUACGAAUCAGAGCUGGUGGACAUUGAGAAGGCGAUUGCACAUUAUGAACAAGCUGCUGAUUAUUACAAAGGAGAGGAAUCAAACAGCUCUGCAAACAAGUGUCUGCUGAAGGUGGCUUCAUACAGUGCCCAGUUAGAGCAGUACCCGAAAGCAAUAGAGAUUUAUGAGCAGGUUGGAAGCAACACCAUGGACAAUCCCCUACUGAAAUACAGCGCCAAAGAAUACUUCUUCAAAGCUUCCUUGUGCCACUUCAUCGUGGAUGAGCUCAACGCAAAGCUCGCUGUUGGAAAGUAUGAAGAGAUGUUUCCAGCCUUCUCAGAUUCAAGAGAAUGCAAGCUUCUGAAGAAACUUCUAGAGGCCCAUGAGGAGCAAAACGCUGAGGCUUUCACAGAAGCGGUAAAGGAGUUCGACUCCAUCUCACGCUUGGACCAGUGGCUCACCACCAUGCUUCUGCGGAUCAAGAAGACCAUUCAGGGGGACGAGGGCGACCUAAAAUGAUCUGGACAGUGGGGCGAUCACCCACUGCAUGGCACCCUCCUUCCCCCCCCUUCCAUUUCACAUCAGUUUUGUGCAAUGGCCAAGUCCGGGUUUCCCAAAACAGUAUGUCAAAAUGCAUUGCUGCAACAUUUCUAGAGAAUAUACUUAUAAGCCUGUACUGUUACAUUGAUAUCCAGUUAUAUAAUAUAGCACAUAUCAAAAAUUUAGCACUCCAGUUCAAAGAUCUGCUCCGGUUUCCCUGCUGCAUUACGAGGGUAUUUCUAGAAACACGGAGUGAACCGAUUCAGGAGAGGGAAAUUCAAGGAUACAAUGGGGAUUUGAGAUAGUCCUCGAGUUCUUUUGCAACGGUCACUGAAUUGCGUCGUGCUAGAGCUGCAUGAAUUGUACAGAUUUAAUUAUUCAGUCAGUGCAGCAGGAUCGUGUAUUAUUAUUAUUAUUUAGAUAUUGUUUUUAUUUGUGCCGUUUUUGUAGUCUGCUCGCACUAGUUGGCAUGCAGGCCUCAAAAUGCUGCUGUUUAAUAACAUCAGACAUUCAUGCAGGGCCGAGAAAAUUUCAGUUUCCCACAGUUCACCAUUUUGAAUUGGUAUUUAAAUAAUUACAAAAAUGUCUCGUGUCAUACCUGACGGAAGUACGUUUUUAUCCACUCUCUGAAAUUUAACUCUUAGGUUGUUUUCUUAAAUGUAUAUUUAUUUAAUUCAAUUAUUAUCUGAACUAUUAAUAUU